AUGGAGGAAUGGAGGAUCCAGGACCGAAUGAGCCAGCUGGCGGAUGUGCUGGAGGCGCCCGAGGAGCACGGCGUGGGGUCGGUGAACGGGCUGGUGGACAUGCUGCAGCUCGACCUGGGGGUGAUGGUGCGUCUCGACGCAGACGCACGGCCACUACUCUCGGCGAUGAAAAAGGUGCUCACGGCAGGGGAGAUGAGUGGGCUGGACUAUAGCGGGCUUCUGUCGCUGCUGGACACAGUGGUGAAGCUUGCGCCGUUUGAGACGGUGCUGGAGGUGUUUUCGGUGGAGGACAUCAUCACGGCGCUGGAGAGCGACGACCAGCUGGUGCGGACGUCGUGCAAGGUGCUGGCGGUAUCGCACCCCAAGGACCUGUUUUCGACGACGCGGAUCAUGGACGUGCUGCUGCAGCUGUACUUCAGCCAGCGGACGGUGCCCGUGAAUGCGGUGGAGGACGUGUUCCAGAGCCUGUGCACGGACGGGCUGAUCAGGCGGCGGAUCCUGGAGAACAACUACCCGCUGCUGCGGGAGAUGCGCAGCACGCACGACGCGAUUUUAUUCUCGCGCUACCUGGUGCUGAUGACCAUUCUUUUCCGCCACAUCGACCGCUCGGAGUUCCAGAAGGAGCUGUUCGUGCCCACGACCGAGGAGGUCCUGGACUCACUGAAGAAGGACAUCUUUCUGUUCAUCAACGUGGCGAAGUACUACCGUGCGCUGCUGGAGUACGCGACAGACCCGGGGGCCGCCGGAGGGCCGCGUGACUGGGCGCUGAGCUACAUUCUCCCGGUGCUGCAUGCGUUCGGCCACAUUUAUGAAAACAAAGAAAAGUACAUUGAAGUGCACAGCUACGCGCGCGCCUACUUGUUCCAGCUGCUUCGGACGGUCUCCUACCUUGAGGACAUGGAGGUUUUCCGCGAGCUGGAUGUGAAGUACCUGCACAUCUCGGGGGACAACCCGGACGUGAUGCACUUCAUGGCCAUCUUCAAUCCCAUGUACUUGUACCGCCACCAUUUCGACCUACUAACCUCCCAGGUUACGGUGAAGCCGUCCUUCUUACCAGUGCUGAAGAACAUUGUAUCAUGCCAAGAGACAUUUGAAAUCCUGAAACCAGCUCUGACAGCUAGUGCUAUAUUGAUUAUGCCCUAUUCAGAGCAGAUGGUGCUGCUGGGCCAGUUGAGCUCUUAUCCGCACUCGACAGAGUACCUUGUACAGGAGCUUCCCAAGGUGAUGUCCAAUUUAAUAUGCAACGAGAAUGGGCCAAUCUCCGAGCCAGAGACAAUAGAGUUGCGCAAAAAAGUCUUCGAAAAUCUACUUCUAUACAGUGCUACAGUGCUGAACGUCUGGUACGAGCCUCUACUCGAUGAGUAUACCAAUAUAUGUUCCGGUAAGACGUCGUUCGUAAGAACUGAAGUUGUUGAUAUGUACCUAUAA